ACUAGGGGAGAUAUUAAGAGCAUCAAACACAAAGAGAAACACAUAAGAAAAUGGGAUCACCAAUGGCCACUAUGGCAGCAGCUUUGCUUGUCUUAGCAUUAUCUCUUGGUUUUGCAUCUGAAACCACUGCAAAUUACUAUUACUCUUCUCCUCAUCCACCGGUGAAGCACUACACUCCUCCUGUUUACAAAUCUCCACCACCACCGGUCUACCAGUCUCCUCCACCCCCAAUUUACCACUCUCCUCCACCACCUAAGAAGCAUUAUGAGUACAAAACACCACCACCACCGGUCUACCAGUCUCCCCCUCCUCCGGUGUACCACUCUCCACCACCACCAAAGAAGCACUACGAGUACAAAUCACCACCACCACCAGUCUACCAGUCCCCUCCUCCUCCGGUCUACCAGUCUCCCCCUUCUCCAGUGUACCACUCUCCACCACCACCAAAGAAACACUACGAGUACAAAUCACCACCACCACCGGUUUACCAGUCUCCUCCUCCUCCGGUUUACUACUCUCCCCCACCACCAAAGCAAUACGAAUACAAAUCUCCUCCUCCUCCCGUCCAUUCUCCUCCUCCACCGGUUCCCUACUCACCUCCACAAGAACCCUACCUCUACAAAUCUCCACCUCCUCCAUACCACUACUAACUAACCGCCCUCAUGGAUAAAGUACACGAAAACAAAGAACCUUUUGGUAAUACAAUAAAAGACACAAGAUCAUUAAGAGAUAAUCAAAAGGAUAUAUGUUCUAAAAGGAAAGUCUCCUAUUUAGGUUGUUUUUUUUCUUUUUCCCAAUAAAUAAGUUGUUCUGAUAAGCUUCAAACAUGUUAAUGCAUGCAAAUGUCAUAUGUUUGUAAGUUCAAGUCCUGUUUUUUUUUCCAAAUUCUUAAAUUUUAAAGUUUGAUUGUCUACUUAAUAAAAUUGUAAUUUUUUUUUCA